AUGGAUACCAUUCGUUGUCCUAAUAUCAUCAGUUUUUAUGGUGCCUGUACAGAAGCAGGUAAGUAUGCAUUGAUUAUGGAAUACAUGUCAUUAGGGUCAUUGUACAAGAUAUUGCAUGAAGAUAAUCUUGAAUUAUCAUGGCGUGAACGAUUAUCGAUUGCUUUUCAAGCAACGACUGGAAUCAAUUACUUACAUCAAUUAACGGAACCUGUCUUACAUCGUGAUAUAAAAUCGUUAAAUUUCUUAAUAGAAAGAGCCUAUGAAGGAUAUACUGUCAAAGCAUGUGAUUUUGGUUUGGCUAAAACGCGAAAUGAAACGACACAUCAAACAGCAUUGGAUCCGACAUUGGUCUGCACAUUGCACUGGACUGCUCCUGAAAUACUGCGUAUGGCGAAACAUACUGAUAAAAGCGAUGUUUAUAGUUUAGGCAUGGUCUAUUGGGAGCUCGCUGCAAAUGCGAUACCUUAUGAUGGACACCAGAGUAGCGUCGUUUAUGAAUUCGUGCUACGUGGUGAUCGUUUGGAAAUACCGAAAACUACACCAUCAAGUUUUUCGGCAUUAAUCAAGAAAUGUUCGGCUCACGAUCCCAACGAUCGACCAAAUUGUUCUCAACUAAUUGAAAUCAUCGAAGAAUGUAUUACAGAGCAAAGUAAUUUCUUUGGUGCUGCUCUUUCUUGUUGA